AGGAAGUGAAUCUAAGGCAACUGUAUUGGAGUGCAUGAUUAAGAAUUUUAAGGAAUUUGGCGAAGACUGUGGGGUGAAGAUGACGCCUAACCGACUCCGCAUAGUUUGUGAGGUUGAAUGGCCCUCUUUGGGAGUAGGAUGGCCACCAGAGGGCACCAUGGACUUAGAAACAAUAAAAGCAGUCUAUGUAGUAGCCACAGGAAAGCCGGGGCACCCGGAUCAAUAUCCAUAUAUUGAUUCAUGGCUGUGGUUGGCUCCAGAUCCUCCCCCUUGGGCAAGACUCCAUUCAAAAAGAGAGAGGGAAAACAUUAAUGGCACAAAAAUCGACUGAUGACAAACAAGAAAUUCUGCCGGAUCCGAACGGAAGUGAUUUGCCCUCUCCCCCAUACUGGAUGACGCGCCGGCCACCUAAUGCUCCACCAGGACCGGAGACAACCUUAAAGAUCACCGAUCCAGGGCCUGCUGGGGCUCCCCCAGCUGCUCCCCCGCCAACUCCCGGAGAGAUCGUAGAGCAGCCAUCUCGGCAGGCUCCGAUCCCGGCGGUAGGAGCCUCUGGUCAACGUCCACAGGACUCAGCCUCAGCCGAACCUCCUAAGCAGUAUCCGCCUCUCCCGGUUGCUCUGGUAUCUGAACCCAUUUUUGCCUUUGAAUGGGAAGAUCCAGCAGGGAGCACCAAACAACAGCUCACUUGGACUUGCCUCCUGCAAGGAUUUAAGAAUUCCCCGAUCAUUUUCGGGGAAGCCUUGGCUUCCAAUCUGGACUCAUUCCAGCCAGAAAGGUUUACAUACUGGCUGCUACAAUACGUGGACGACCUGCUGUUGGCUGCAGAGAAUAAAGAACACUGUUGGGAAGGAACUAAAGCUUUGCUGGAACUGUUGAUGGAGGCUGGCUACCGAGUUUCGAGGAAAAAGGCACAGAUCCACAAGGAGGAGGUAAGAUAUUUGGGGUUUGUCCUGAUAGGGGGCACAAGACUGUUGGACCAAUCCAAGAAAGAAGUAAUCUUGAGAAUCCCACUACCAAAAACCUGACGAUAGGUCCAAGAAUUUUGGGGAGCCAUUGAGUUCUGUAGAAUUUGGAUCCCAGGAUACUCUCAGAUGGCCCAGCCCUUAUAUGAACUCCUAACAGGGUCAGAAGGGGAUUCACUAAAUUGGACUGAGAGGCAGCAACAGGCCUUUGAAAAGUUAAAAUUGGCAAUUACAUCGGCACCUGUAGUGGGUCUGCCAGAACUUACUAAACCCUUCACUCUUUAUGACUGAAAAGGACAAAGUGGCUAUGGGGGUAUUAACCCAGGCUUUGGGGACAUGGGAUAGACCAGUGGCCUAUCUCUCAAAACGGCUGGACAACAUUGCCACCGGGUGGCCCGGGUGCUUUUGGGCGACUGCUGCGGUUGCCUUACUGGUCUGAGAAGCAACCAAGCUAACUUUGGGCCAAAACUUAACUGUAAAGAUCCACCAUGAGGUCAGUGCUCUCCUAUGAGGGGAUCCCCACAAAUGGUUGUCAAUAUAGCAGAUUACCCAAUAUCAGGGACUUUUAUGUGAGAACCCCCAUGUUACUAUUGAGCUCUGUCAGGCCUUAAAUCCGGCUACACUCUUUCCUGUGGGGGGAGGCGAACCCUCACAUAAUUGUGAAGAAAUCCUGGAAGAAGUUUAUGCUAGCAGACCUGACCUGAGAGACCAGCCAAUCCCGGACCCAGAUUGGGUCCUGUACACUGAUGGCGCCAGCCUGGUGAAACAAGGACAAGGGCUGUCGGGGUAUGCGAGCAUCGUCGAAGCUGGUUCUCUGCCACCUCACUGGUCUGCUCAACAGACUGAAUUAUGGGCUCUUGUUCAGGCCCUCCCAUUGUCAAAAGGUAAGAAGACCAGCAUUUACACUGACUCCAGGUAUGCUUUUGCUACUUUGCAUGUGCAUGGGGCCCUAUACAAGGAGAGAGGGCUCUUGAUAGCUAACGGAAAAGACAUUAAAAACAGGGAAGAAAUCUUGACCCUACCAGAUGCUGUAUGGGAACCUGAAAAAGUAGCAGUAAUAUAUUGCUGGGCUCACCAAAAAGAGGGCACCCUGCAGGCGUGGGGAAACCGACAGGCAGAUAGAGCCGCAAAACAAGCCGCUGAAGAAUUUGGAGGCACUGGAGUGGAAUUGUUAAGACUUUUGUGCUCUUGAGAAUGCCCAAGUUAACUUCAAUUCUCCCACAGUAUACCCUGGCCCAAGACCAGCUGACUGAAACAGAAAGGCCACCAAGAAUGAAAAGGGCUGGUGGGAACUGGUGGAUGGCAGGUUGCUAGUUCCCGAGAUAUUGACCUCUUCAUUAGUGUCUCAGGUACCCCAGACAACCCACUUGGGAUGUGACAAAAUGGAAGAAUUAAUUCGGAAAUUUUUUUUUUAAUACCACGGCUUUCUUCCUUGUGUAAAAUGGAAUCCCAGAACUAUUCGGCUCACAGGUCAAUGCUGCCCCCGGACAUAAGCAGAAAUCUCCAGGAAUACAAUUAAAGGGUACUCUGCCCUUUGAACAUUUUGAAGUGGACUUUACUGAAAUGAGACCCUACUGGUAUUAUCAUUAUUUACUAGUCAUGGAACGUACCUUUUCAGGUUGAGUGGAGGCAUUCCCCACCUGAACUGAAAAAUCAAAUGAAGUGGCUCAUUGUCUGAUUCGAGAAAUAAUCCCCAGAUUUGGGUUCCCAACCAGUAUAGGAUCAGACAAUGGCCCUGCUUUUGUAGCCGAUUUAAUUCAACAAGUAUGUAAACCUCUAAAUGUCAAAUGGAAAUUACAUACAGCAUAUAGGCCCCAGAGUUCCAGAAUGGUGGAAAGAACUAACCAAACCCUAAAAGAUACACUUUCAUAAUGGAUCAUAAAGACUGACUGUUCAUGGAUGGACUUACUUCUGGUGGCCUUGCUCAAAUUAAGAAUGACCCCGUGUCCCCAUGGUUAUUCUCCUUAUGAAACUGUCUAUGGAAGACCCCCUCAUAAGACAGGUGUUGGCAAAUUUGCCACGUAAGAGAGGAAUGGGAUGUCCCAGAGGAUGGAACAAUUAGGUAAAGUGAUAAACCAGGUAACUAAGUGUGUCCAAGAAUGGGUGUCGUUCCCCCUUGGGGAGCAGAUUCAUGAAUUUGUGCCCGGUGAUCAAGUGUGGGUCAAGGACUGGAAGCAUGACUCCUUGGCCCCACAUUGGAAAGGUCCAUAUACUGUUGUACUAACUACACCUACGGCAGUUAAAGUUGCAGGUGUCACUCCCUGGAUCCAUCACAUGAGGGUGAAGAGGACAUACCAUACAGACCUGGAGGAUGCUAAGUGGACUACACAAAAGGACCCCACUGAUCUCCGUGAAACCAAGAUCAUCUUAAAAAGAAACAAUGAAGCUCUGCAAUCAACUCCUACUACAUAGACUUUCUGGUAUCCUGGGACUAACCAUAAUUUCAGCACAAGACAAUGUUUUCAUCUCAUGGGCACACUCCUACACUGACUUUCAUAAUAGAUCUAACUGCUGGGUGUUUGGAGCUAUGCCCAUGUCUGUCAUGGAUGGACUCCCAUGGUGGGUGUCGCCUCUACGAAGGGGUGACAUGUCUAGUUUAUGUGACUAUUUUCUUCAGAUGAAACAACAAAAGUCAAGUGUGGAAACUGCCAUUACAGCAGUCACUACUCAUUGGUUCGAUAAAAAGGCUGAUGGUCUGACAAAAGGUCAUAGGAUACAUUUUAAUUAUAUUCUUAGCUCAGAAAAUGCUUAUCAAUAUAUGGUGACAGCCAAUAAGUCCAAACAAUAAAAAAAAAAACAGGUAUUUUGACCAAUUUUACCAGAUAUGAAAUGAAUAUAUGUGGAUUACUCCUGAAAAGGGACAACUUAUGAUAGCUGACAUUUGCUGGGAACAGGAUGUACACACUAUUGGAUAUAACCAGACAACAGACAAAAAGGACUUGAAGCCAGUAGGCUUUCUAUGGACAGAACAGUGUUAUAAGACCUGUAAAGUUACUUAUGAUCCCAAUUAAUCCACCCAAUAGCCUGGGAUGGACUAGGGAGUCAACCCCGGAAUCAGGUGGAUUGCCCCAAACAGCCUCAUUGGUUACGCAGGACCAAUCUGUGGCCAUGGCUACCCGCAGGGUGAGUUGGGAGAUGUACGUUAGGUCUUGCCUUUGCCCGUGGGAACAUUAGGCCAACAAUACAGGAGCCCUUAAAUUUACCCUCCCUACCAGCCAGAUGGUCACAAUCAGUUUUCCAUUGGUAUGAUUAUUUGGCUGCUGCAUUUGUUCCUUCGUUGGGCACUACAGCUAUAAUCAUUAGAGUUGAAGUCCUAAUAAUUUCACCCAAAGGGCCCUAAAUGACAGCCUGAGGGUAAUUCAAGCAUUAAAUACUGAACAAAUACAAAUGAGAAAGGCAGUAAUUCAAAAUAGAAUGGCUUUGGACAUCUUGACCGCUGCUCAAGGAGAGACUUGUGCCAAAAUAAAGGUUGAGUGCUGUGUGUAUAUCCCAGUCUUGUCUGGAAAUGUUACUGAGGUUCUUAGAGAUACGCAAGCUCCUGUAAAAUGAAUGUCAGAUGACUCAGUACCUUUUUGGGCUUCUCUUUUGUAAUGGAUACAGGGCGAUUGGUGGAAGUCUGUCAAUUGUUGUUACAGUUGCUCUGUUAAUUUUGUUAUGUGGACCUUGUAUUCUCCAGUGUGUUGUCCAAUUUGUGUUGUUGAGAUUGACUGCAUUUACCCAAGUACAUGCCAAAAGACCUAAUGUGCAAUAUGUCCCUAUGAGUGAUACUCACACUAGAAGUUGAGAGCAUCAAGAGGGGGGAAAGAAAGAGGAAAGGAGCAGGUUGCCCUGACUGGACUGACUUCAUUUUUAAAAGAAAAGGAACUCUAUCUUACACUCUCAGCAAACUUUUGGACUGUACAUCUGGGAGGCCAUGGAGAUAAAAUACCAGUGGCCGAACAGGUCUCCAGAACAGAUAAAAACCAGACCAGGCAGACCCCGUACCUAGACCUUCCAGAGCCAGAAGGAAUGCAAUGCCCACUAUGUAAUCAAUCACUAUCUUCUGUAAUCUUAAUAAUACCUACUGAUGUGGGCUAAACUGUAUGUCCAGAUAGCUUUAGAAUGUGAAUUUAUGGCUAAAACCUGACUGUAUCUCUUACUAACAUUGUCCAGAGUGGGUUUUAAAGAAUUUGGGGAUGUGGGCUUGGCACACUUUGGGCAUAAAAGGUUGUCACAAAAAUUGGUUAGGAACCCUGGCUAAAGAGGAAACUCUGCCUCGGACCAGCCAGUGUAAUAAACUGC